AUGUUUGGACUCGUCUCUCUUGCUAUCGCUCUUGCUGCUCAGCGCGUUGCCGCUCAUGGUGGUGUCUUGUCAUACUCCUGGAGUGGACAAUGGUACAACGGAUGGCAGCCAUACAACUCCCCCACUGGACAAACGACCAUCCAGCGCCCUUGGUCUACAUACAACCCCAUUCAGGACGCCACCGACUCUCAGCUUGCGUGUAAUGAUGAUGGAACAUCCGGUGCUCUUCAACUCACUGCAACGGUUGCCGCUGGUACCAAAAUCACUGCCUACUGGAAUCAAGUAUGGCCCCAUCCUUACGGACCUAUGCUCACAUACCUUGCUCAAUGCCCAGGGUCCACCUGCACAGGUGUCAAUGCCGCAGGUUUGAAAUGGGCACGUUCUUUUUUCAAAAUCGACGAGGCUGGCCUUAUAUCUGGCACAGUCUACUCCGGAACAUGGGGUGCUGGACAAAUGAUCAACCAAAACAGCUCCUGGACAACCACUAUCCCAUCCUCUGUACCCAGCGGCAAUUAUCUGAUCAGAUUCGAAACCAUUGCUCUUCACUCGUUGCCUGCGCAAUUGUACCCUGAAUGCGCCCAGAUCACGAUCACCGGUGGAGGAAGCCUUGCUCCGACUUCAUCUGAAUUGGUGACAUUCCCAGGUGGCUACAGUAACAGCGACCCAGGAUUGACUGUUGACAUCUACUCGAACGCUGCUCAAACCAUGACGUCCUACCCAAUUCCAGGCCCCCCUCUCUACGCCGGCGCAACUCCGCGAGCAGGAACUUCUCCCGUCUCUAGCUCAUCCACUAAACCAGCGAGCACUAGUACCAGGCCUGCUAGUUCUUCUUCUUCCGCAUCCUCAACUCCUGUGCCCUCUUCCGGCACAGUUCCACAGUACGGACAAUGCGGUGGCCAGGGAUGGACUGGUGGAACUGUCUGCAUCUCUCCCUACAAGUGCACUGUUUCCAAUCCUUACUACUCGCAGUGCCUUUAA